AUGUUUUUUUUUUCUUUACGAGCGUUUCUUUCUUUAUUUAUUUUCCUUUCCAUUGUUUUCCAACUCUUACUUUCUUUUUCUUUCUUCUUUCCGUUUUCUUUUUUCCUCCUUAUUCACGUGCUUUACUUCUUUCUUCUUUUCCCUACUUCUUGUUUCUUCUUCUUUGUUGCUCGCGUUGUUGUCCUCAUCAUUGUCUUUCUUUCUUUCUGUCUUUCUUUUCCACUGUAUUCUUCUUUUGAUUUUCAUUUCUUACCAAUUUUUUUCCUUUUUCUUUUUUACUGUUUCUUUAUUUCUUUUUUCUUUCUUUCUUCCGUUCCUUUACUUUCCAUUAUUUACCUCUUCUUCCUUUUCUUUCCCUUUUACCGAUUUAUGUGUUCCUCCAUCUUUCUUUCUUUCUUUCUUUCUUUCUUUCUUUCCAUUGUUUUAUUUAUAUUUCAUUCAAUUAAUUUCCAUACCUUACUAUUUUUCUCAACUUUAACUUUCUUUUUCUUUCUUUCUUUUUUCUUUCGUUCUUUCUUACAUUUUUCUUUUCCAUUGUUUACCUCAUCUUACUUUCCUUUACUUUCCUUCUUACCACUUACCCUCCGUAUUUCUUUGUGUCCUUAUUUCUUUACUUUUAUUCACUUCAUUUUUCUUCCUUUCCAUCUUUCCAAUAUUUUCUUCUUUUUACCUUCAUUUAGUUUUCAUAACUUACCAUUUUUGUUUUCCUUCCUUUUGUUCUUUCUUGCUUUCUUUGUUUUGCUUACUGUUUUCGCUACUUUAAUUAUUUCUCUUUCUUCCUUACCGUUUUAUAUUGCCUCUCUUUCUUUCUUUUCUUCUUUUUACUGUUGGUCUUUCGUUCUUUCUUUUUUCUUUCGUUCUUUCUAUUUUUCUGUGUUUUCCUCUUUUACGUUUGUUUUUCUACAUUUUCCAAUUCUAUCUUACUUUCUUUUCUCUUUCCUUCUAUAUUUCUUGUUUAUUUUCUUUCUUUAUUUCUUUUUUCUUUCUUUCUUUCUUUCUUUCUUUCUUUCUUUCUUUCUUUCUUUCUUUCUUUCUUUUUCUUUCUUUCUUUCUUUUUUCUUUCUUUCUUUCUUUCUUUCUUUCUUUCUUUCUUUCUUUUUUUCUUUCUUUCUUUCUUUCUUUCUUUCUGACACGUCUUUUGAUCCUCGUUCUUUUUUGUUCACAUACGCCAUUUUUCUCGUCUUUCCAACUUGCCUCAUUCUGGUCUUUUAUUGGUUAACGCUUUGA